CCCCCAUUUAUUAAUACGGACUACUCCUUCUUCCCUUCCUUACUUCUUCACCACCAAAUAUCGUGACCCUCACUCACACUUCCUUUCUCCCUCUCUUUUCUCUCUCCUCUAAACAAAACAAAACAAACUGCCAUGGAUAUGGAGGCUAUGGAGCUCAGUAAGAUGACAAUGGAGAUAUUCUCCAAGCUUGAGCAACAAUGGCUCUCCAACAGUAAUACUAAUAACGGUAUCAACGCUAAUAAGAAAGCCAGGAUACUCAGUAUUGACGGCGGAGGAACCUCUGCCGCUGUUGCUGUCGCCUUUUUGGUCCAUUUGGAGGACUCCAUUCAGGUGAAAACCGGCGAUCAUAAUUUAAGGAUCGCCGAUUUUUUCGAUAUUGUUGCUGGAACUGGUGUCGGCGGUCUUCUCGUUGCGUUUCUCACGGCGGCUGACUCUAAUGGCAGGCCUAUGUUUACGGCCAAGGACGCCGCUAAGUUUCUCGUUGGAAAUUUCUCGGCGAUGUUCAAGCCGAAGCGCGGGGGAAUCCUUCGUCGCCGGAAAACUCGUCGGUGCUCGAGCGAAAGCCUCGAGAAGGUUCUACGAGGUGUUUUCUCGAAAAACGGGAAGAAGACUCCGAUGACGCUGAAGGACACUUGUAAGCCGAUCCUAAUCCCGUGCUAUGACCUCAACACAUCUGCGCCGUUUGUUUUUUCACGCGCUGCUGCAAGCGCAUCGGAGUGGUCGUCGUUGGACUUCGACCUCUGGAAGGUGUGUCGCGCUGCAAUGGCGACGCCGUCGGUGUUUGAGCCGUUUGAGUUGACGUCCGUUGACGGUAAAACGACGUGUAACGGCGUUGAUGGAGGUUUAGUUAUGAAUAACCCGACGGCUGCUGCGGUUACUCAUGUGUUGCACAAUAAGGUUGAUUUUCCGUCGGUUAACGGAGUUGAGGAUUUACUAGUGUUGUCGUUAGGUAACGGAACAUUGAGUAGUGGAAGCGUGAGUGGUAAAAACGGAGAGUGUUCAACUGACUGUGUGGUUAAUAUUGCGGUUGACGGUGUUUCCGAGACAAUUGAUCAAAUGCUAGGCAACGCUUUCUGUUGGAACCGUAACGAUUACAUUCGUAUUCAGGCAAAUGGUCUUGGAGGAUUAGCACCAACAACAAUGGAAAAGGUAUUGAAGGAGAAAGGUGUGGAGUCCCUAACGUUCGGCGGAAAACGUCUUUUGGCGGAGUCGAACGGGGAGAGAAUCGAGGCAUUUGCACAACGCUUAGUUACUGCAUCAGGGAAGAGCAGUCUGCCACCUAGUCCUUACAAAUCUCUGAGUCCAAUGCUUGAUGGCCGUUAAUUAAGGCGAUAAAUCACAUUUUGUUUAUGAAUCCUAUCUGUCAUUAGUUAGUAGUGUUUUUUGUGCCCCGGAAAUGGUGGUGGUGUAGAAUAUAGAUGCAGUUUGUAAUAUGAAACCUACCUCAGGCUUAAGUUACCUGCUACUAACUCUUUACUCUUGUGUAUGCCAUACUAGUACUAGAUGUGUCAAGUCUAUGACCUAUAUAAUACUCUAAACAGAGCCUCUGUAAGCUCUAUCUAACUAUGUAAUUUAAAUUUUCUUUCGUUUUUUUGUAAUCGAAGCGAGAAAUUUAGGGUCAACCAGAUCCAGAUUAGUAAUCGAA